AUGAGUCACAUUCAAGAUAGCGGAUAACCCAAUGAUAAAAAAUAGCAAAAACCUCUUACAGAGUAGGACUUAGUUUAAGAUGCUCUUAGGUUGAUUCGUUUCUUUGCAAAGAAUAAAGGAACACAGCUUUACAAUGAAAAUAAGGCAUAUUUACUUCAGGAAUUAGUAAAUAAAGUAAAGAAAUUAAGUGAAAUGAAAUCAUCUAAGCUAAAGAGUUUUUAUAACGAGGAAGGAAGCAUCAUUAAUGUCAUUCGUUAAUUUAUGAUAGAAACUCGUCCUCUUUUAAGAUAGAACACUAUUAAAUUCUUUCGAUUGAUAUUUGAAUCAGAAAAGUUUGCUUUGCAGUAUAUACAAUACAAUAUACCCAUAUUUAUUGCUCGAACUCUUGAAAGAGAAAUAAAACCUGAUCCUCGUAAUUAAUCAAAUUAAUAAAGUUAGCAGUAAGAAAUCGAUCAAGCUUUAAAAUUUAUUAAGAGAUGGAUAGAAAUUGCUCCCAAGACAUUCCCUAAACUUUUAGCCAAUUCUUUAGUCGCAUUUGCAGAAAGUACUGAUGAGUAAUAUAAAAGUGCAUCUAUUGAAAUCGUAAGAAAACUUGCCAUGGGAAACCCAUAAUAAUGUGCUUGGUCUGGUGGUAUUAAAUUACUAAUUGACUGUAUAAUAGAUCCAAAUCUUGAAUCUUAAUCAGAUGCAAUCGUUUAAUCUUUGCUCUUUUUAUUGAAUGAUCCUGAAUAUAGAAAUUUAAUUAGAGUUUAUCUGGAUUUCCCAAAGAUAUUUGGUGUUUUUACUGAUAUCGAUUGCCCUCCAAAAACGAAACCAAAAUAAUAAUCAGAUGAUGAAUAUAAAAAGGAAAUAGAAGCAUUUGACAAAUAACUUUAGCUUGCUAAAAAAGCUCUCAUAACUAUAUUAAAAACAUGGAAAGGUCUGAUUUAUUUAGGUAAUUAGCGCAUAGCCAUGAAGUCUUUAGUUUAGGCCCUCAGACAACCUAUUCAUGAGAAAAUUAGGAAUGCUAUUUAUGAUAUCUUAGGAGAGCUUUUGGCUUUAGGAGGAAAGGAAUGCUUAGGAAAGACUUUAACAGUUUAGCACUUCUUAAAUUACUAUUUGAUGAUUUUAAUUUAAUUACUCCUCGAUUGUGAUUUAUUUAGUGUUUUAGUAGAGCUUAGUGGCUUAGAAGAUGAAAAAAAAUCACUAAGAGCUUAAGAAUAGCUUAAGCAAUUAACAACUUUAAUGUUUAAUUUACUUCCAAACUGCUCUAAGUACACUGAUUUCUUAAUUUCUGCUGCUAAUUAAUGCAAUGAACAAUUAACAGACUUAAAGGCUUGGUCUAGCAAUAUAGUGAGCAUCAUGGGUAAUUAUGUUUUUGACAGUAACAAAAAAAACAAAAAGACUGUUCAUUCGAAAUUUAUGUAUUAGUGUGAAAACUUUUAUCUAUCAACUUAGCUUGGACUUCCAUCUCAUAGAAUCAAUAAACAAACAAUAGGGAAGAUUAAAUUUUAAAAUGAAACAGAAUCUGAUGACCUUAAUUUUGAUAAGCUUUUAUCUGAUACAAAUAUUUAAAAAGACAGUAAGUAGUGGAAUUGGAAUUCUAUUUUAGAAAUAGUAUAAACCUAUUUCUAAAGCAAAUUCAGUGAUCUUAAAAAUCGUUUCCUUAAAAAGCUUCUUCCAUAUUUCCAUCCUCACUAAAAGCAAUUCAUUUCUUUGGAAUGGAAGGAAAGUAACUUUGUUUAGGCUAAGGUUGGUUACUUGCUCAUAUAAAAUUUAUUAAAAAUUGGAUAAGAAGGCGCCUACAUUUUAACUACUCCUCCAAGUGAGCUAAUUUGUAUUAGCAGAAGUUUCAUGGGAGAACUUUAUCACAUCUUAGUUAGUGAUUAUAGUAAUGAUAUGAAGCACGAAGCAACACAGCUUCUGAAACCUUCUGAAUUUAAUGAAAAAAUGAUCAGAGAAUACAUCAGUUGGAUUGGUUUAUUCUCCUAAAUGAAAUAAGGUCAAAAAUUAUUAGAAGAAGCAAAAAUUUGGGAUACUCUUAAAAACUAUGUUACUAUUGAUAAGGGCAAAAGAGAUCAUAUCUUAAAUCUCAUUUUAUAUUGUCUUGAUUAUGGAAAAGAAAAUAACUCUAGAGAAUUCCUUCAGUUCUGUCUAGAAAAAGGUUCUAUUAACCUUUAAAAAUCUUGUUUAGAACUUCUUAGGCUUUUAAACAGAAGUGAAUUUAUAGAUUUUUCGAAGUGGGGAAUAGAGCUAAUAGUCCAAAAGCUUGAUAUAAACUAGAAUGAAGAUAUCAGAAUGAAGGCUCUUAGUGUGGCCAAAGAAGUUACAUAAGAAAAAUAAUAUUUAAUGGAGUUUUUGAAGAAGCAGCCCUGCUUAUAAGAUCUUGGUAAGGAAGGAGAUUAAUUUUUGAUGACCCUUUUGAGUAGUGAUUUAGGGUUCGAAUAUUUAUCUAAGAUGAGUGAGCAAUAAAAUUGGGUAGAAGAAUAAAUGUAAAGAUGGAAGGAGCAGUAGAAUUUAGAUUAUGUCAACAAAAUCGAAACAUGCUUGUUAAAAGCAUUAAACUAUGUUUAGGACUAUGACGAACCAAAUGUUUACAGAUUCCCUGAUAUCCUAAAUAACCCUUAGAAUUCAUUCCUUACUCUUGGUUUCAUCCAUCGUAUGCCUUGGAUUAUGACUAUAGAUUUCAAUACAGCAGAUUAUAAGGACACUGUGCAAUUUAUGGUAUAGAUCGAAUACUAAGGGCAAUAAAAUGUUAACUAAUUCAUACUUGUUGGAGCUCCUGACCCAUAUUCUGCAUAUCUCCACCCAGAAAAAUACAAAAUUCCAAUUGACUAUAAAUUCUAAAUUAACUUCAGUCUUUAAGUUGGAAAGAAUUAUUUAGAUAAAUAAUGCAAUGAUUAGGCUGAACCAUAUGUGACUCACAUAAAAUUUGACUUUAAUGAUAAAAGUUAAUUCCCUUAAUUCUAAAAUAAACAAAUAAUUAUUAAUAAAGGAGGUAUUAACUUAAUAUUUGAUUAGGAUGAGAAUCAAAAUACUAUUAAGUUAAGAUAAAUACGUUUGUUUAUGAAAAUGGGAGAGAACAAUCGUUCAAACUAGGAAAAGAUUCCUUUACAUUUCUAUGGGGAACUAGUCAAAACAAAACAAGGUUAAAAGAUGCUUAUGGAAAAUAAAAUCAUAGAAAAUUGCUUUGAAAGCAUAAAAAACCCAAAAGAAUGUAUCAUGAAUAAAAGAGCAUCUUUAUGGGCUAUUGGAAAUAUUUGCUACUGCAAAGAAGGUAUUAAAAAAGUAAAAGACAUGAAGUUAAUAGACCACCUAGUUCCACUUGCAGAAUAAAGUGAAAUACUAUCUCUUAGAGGAACUUGUCUUUACAUCUUAAACAUGAUAGCAAAUACAGAAUAGGGAAGAAUUGAGCUAGAAAAGCAAGAGUGGAUUUCUCACUGGAACUCAAAUUUAGGAUGGAUUACAAUGCCAAACAAUAUGAGACAAUUCUUCUAUAUCAGAAAUAUACACAAAGAAGGUUAAAGAACUUACUGGCCUAACCAAAACGAGUUUUGGGAUAAACUCACUGCUUAUUAAAAAGGAUUCUAAAUGGGAGAAGAUGAGAAUAAGUUAUUAGAAAAUGUUGCUCUGAUGAGCAAUGCUUUGACUUACAAAAACGCCAGUUCAGAAAUCAAAAAAAUAGCCAAAAAAAAUCCAACUAUUUUUGAAGAUAAAAAUGUGUUCUUUAAUGUAAUCUUAAUGCUUGACUUUUAUAAAUUUAAGCAUGAAAACAGAAAAUUUAUUCUCAGCUUUUUCGAUAGGCUUUUCUCAUCUGAAGAGAUAUUUUUAAAAUUGGAUACUAAUCCAAUCUUAAUAAAACCUAUUGUUUGA